AUGAGCAACUCGAAGCGCCCCAUCCCAGUCAGCGACGAGCUCCGCGACCAGCUCGAAGGUCAUCUCGACGACUUGGUCAACUCUGGAGACGUCGAGCUCCCCCCUGGCAAGCGCAUCCGUCUGAACCGCGCAGGCAUUCCCAAGCUGGUCAAGGUGUCGACUCCCACCAUUUCGAUGCAGCGAAUCCUUCAAGUCUACCACCACAUUGCCGGCUUCCAUUUCACCCGCUCUGUUGAAUGGCGUGUGUUUAAAACCGAGCUCAAUGAGCUCAGAAGCGACGAGAGACUGCGCGCCAGCACCACUCACGUCGACCUCUUGCGACGCAUCGAAGCCGUACAAAAGCUCAUCGUGGAGGAUUUCGAAACCUUGGUCGACCUUGCUCAGGAGCUGAAGGAUUCCCCUGACCACAUUAAGAACGCCAAGUUUGCCGUCGGUCUUCCUCAACUCGUCGGUCGAAUUCUCAACGAAGCGCCCGAGCGCGCCGUCAAGCAAACCGAAUAUCAGGUCAUGGACAUGUGGAUCAACCUAGAGAAGUUCCACCGUGGUGUUUAUGUUCUCGUCGAACACAUUCGCCAAUGCCACCGCGACGCCAGAGCGAACCCUGACCACCAAUGUCACUUUGGAAGGCUCGCGGCGCACUGUCUCAAGUCUUUGGUGGCAGUUUUGGCGCCAUGGGAUCCACGAAACGACAUGGACCACGAAGUGUUUCGGUCUCUGAAGGAGAGAGCCGACGGGAUUCGUCGCGGCAACCGAGAGGCGUCGCCUGAGGUCAACGGUGAAGUCGACGACGGGACUGAAGAUGGGACUGAAGACGGGGCCGAAAACUAA